AUGCAAGAAAAUAAACAACAAUUAAUUAUAAUUAAAUUUGGGGGGGCUUAUAUUAGUAAAAAAGAUAAAUUAGAAACAAUUUGGAAAGAGAACAUUGAUAAUUUAGUUUAUAUUAUCAAAACGCUAUCAAUUGAUUAUAAUCAUAAAAUUAUACUUAUUAUUGGUGCAGGAUCAUUUGGACAUCAUUCAGCCAAUCAAUAUAAAGUUAAAUAUGGUCUUUCAAGUAAUUGUGGUGAUAAUAAAUUUCUUUGUGAAGGUAUUUUAAGAACUAGAGAAUCAGUAACAACUCUAUUAGAUAUUGUAAAGAAAGAAUUGGUAAACAAUGGACUAAACGUUUGUUCAAUGUCACCAUUUUCAUCAUGGAGAACUAAUAAUGGUGGUGAUAAUGUAGUUCAAGAUAAUAUUGAUAAUAUUAAUUUUAGUUUAAAUCAUUUCCCAAAAAUUAUACCAAUUUUACAUGGUGAUGUUUGUCUUGAUAAUACUUUAGGUUGUACAAUAAUAAGUGGUGAUACAAUAAUAAGAGAAUUAUGUUAUAAAUUAAAACCAAAUAAAUGUAUAUAUGUUAGUGAUGUUAAUGGUGUAUAUGAUUCAAAUCCAAAAGAAAAUGAAAAUGCUCAACUAUUAAGUAAUAUUAAAGUUUCAGAAAUUGAUGGUUGUGAUAAUAAUAACAAUAAUAAUAAUAAUGAUAAUAUUAAAUUAACUUUAGAUAGUAACUCAAAAGAUGUUACAGGUGGUAUGAAAGCAAAAUUGGAUUCCGCAAUUAAAGUAGCAAGAAAUAAAACUUACACACUAAUAAUUGGUGGUUCAUAUAGCAAAAAUGAAAUUUUAGAUACAAUUCUCAUUGAUGAUCCAAUUAAUAUCAAAAAAGGAACAUUUCUUAGUAUUCAAUAA